UAAUUUACCAUAAUGGAUGCUCGAAGACGAGAUCGAGAACAAAUCGGUUUAUGUGGUGUUGACAGAGUUUGGGGUAAAUCACCUACACGAAUAGAAGACUCUGAUGAAGAAGAUGAGAUUAAAAAAUAUAAAGAUGACGUACUCCCCAAAGAUAAAAAAAGAAAAUUAAAGGACAAACAGAAGAAAAGCAAAAAGUUAAAGAAGGAGAAAAAAGCUAAGAAAGAAAAGAAACACAAACGUAAGAAAAGAAGGAAAGUCUCAGAUAGCAGUUCUGCUAGUGACUCUGAAGAAAGUUUAGAAUGGGUAGAAAAGACAAUAGAAAACAGUAAAGCAGAAAUUAAGAAAGGAUCUAGUUCUGAUGAAAGUGGAAAUGAAGGUUUAGUUGGACCAAUGAAACCAAAACAACAACAUGUUGCUUUGUCUGCAAAAGAUUUUGGAAAAGCUUUAUUACCCGGAGAAGGUGCUGCAAUGGCAGCAUAUGUCGCAGAAGGUAAACGUAUACCUAGGAGAGGUGAGAUUGGUCUUACCUCCGAAGAGAUUGCAUCAUAUGAAUCUGUCGGCUAUGUCAUGAGUGGUAGCAGACAUCGACGUAUGGAGGCAGUCCGUAUUCGUAAAGAAAAUCAAAUCUAUUCUGCUGAUGAAAAAAGAGCAUUGGCAAUGUUUAGCAAAGAAGAAAGACAGAAAAGAGAGAACCUUAUAUUACGACAAUUCAAAGAAAUGGUUAAUCAAAAGCUUGCACAAGAACAGAAAAAUAAGUAAUUUUUUACUAUUUUUAAACAUUGCAAAUAAAACCAUUAUUAUCACUUGUGCUAAACUUGUAUUAUACAACUUAUGCUAAACAAUAUUCAUGUAUUAUAUAAUGAUUUUUGUAAAUAGUAUUAUUUAAACAUUUGAUAAUACAUUAACAGUGUGUAUUUAUCUGUACAA